AUGAUGGACAUCAUAUCCUUGUUGAACCACAAUGUCGACGUCGCAACGCGCGACGCCGCUCGGCCACCAUUCCUCUCGUUUGCGCCCGAGAUUCGCAACAUGAUCUACCGGUUUAUCUUCUUCCAGGAUUUUGCCAUCAUAUGGGGUAGCCAGGUGCGGUUGCACACCCAGGUUCUGCGCACCUGCCGGCAGAUCUACGACGAGGCGCUCCCCAUCCUCUACAGCGAGAACACGUGGCGGAUCGAGAUGUGCAAUGCGCCCGGGCCGCACUACGACAGUUUUCGGUACCCCGGAGCCCUGAAGUGUGACUUUUCUAAAGAUGUUCCUGAUUGGCGGCUCACGGUGAGCUGGCCCACGAAGACAAUCAGUGCCUUGCCCCAUCUGAGGCGGUUCAGUAUCCUCGUCACGUAUACCGACGGCCACAAGGUUGCCCCGAUCCGGGAGGAUACGCGCUGGCUUGCAGAGUGCCUGGCAAAGGUGUCGAGAAUCGACUUUCUGCACCUGGAAUGCAAGCUUGACUGGAGCACCUGUGGCGUCUAUGACUGGCGGGACCCCGACGCCAAUAACUUCCCGCUAUGCGACGACGGGACGAGAGACGUCAUAAGAGUGUUGCAGACGUGGCUGGGCCGGCUGCGCAACGUCGGCGAGGUAGUUGUCGAGGGCCUGCCCGAGGCGAACGCGAAUACGAUCGAGGAGAGGUGGAAGAGUUCGGAACCCCUCGAGAAGACGCCACUCACGAAGAUGUACGAAUGCCUUGAGCCGCAUGUGCGGGACAUCGGCUCUUGCAAGGCUCUACUCCACGGGGCCCUAUUGGCCGUAGAGAAGGAUGAUAUGGAGGAUUUCAAGGGGUUGAGGACCGAAUUAGUCGAGCAUAUGAAACAGCGCUUGGAGGCUAUCGAAGGUGGGGUGAUGCGCUAUGAUCCUAAGGAGGCCGAAGAUGAGGAGAUGGAGUAA